AUGGAGACAGAAUCACCAACAGAAAAUAUCACAAGAGAAGAUCCUGCAACAAACAAAAAUUUCACAGGAGAUGAUCCCGUAUUAGACUUAGAAGAACUCUCUCCAGCAGAGGAAGUAAGGUUAACCGCACCCGUUAUAGACGACCCCACACUCCCAGUAUGGACCUUUCGUAUGAGGUUUCUUGGUCUCUUAUCAUGCGCAGUUCUUUCAUUCCUCAACCAAUUCUUUUCUUAUCGUAAGGAGCCUCUGGUAAUCACCCAGAUCACCGUCCAGGUAGCAUCUCUCCCCAUCGGACGGUUCUUGGCCUCUGUUCUUCCCACCACUAGUUUUCAUAUUCCAGGAUUUGGGUCUAGAGAGUUCUCUCUUAACUCUGGACCGUUUAACAUGAAGGAGCAUGUGUUGAUUACGAUAUUUGCAAAUGCUGGGAGUGCUUUCGGGAAUGGUUCAGCGUAUGCUGUUGGUAUUGUCAAUAUUAUCAAGGCUUUUUAUAUAAAGAAUAUCUCUUUCCACACUGCUUGGCUUCUUAUCAUUACUACUCAGGUUUUGGGGUAUGGCUGGGCGGGGCUACUAAGGAAGUACGUGGUGGAGCCGGCGCAUAUGUGGUGGCCUAGUACUCUUGUUCAGAUCUCUCUAUUCCGGGCAUUGCAUGAAAAAGAAGUAGAUGAUCGGAAGCAUGGUAUAUCACGAGUGAAAUUCUUUGUGAUAGCACUAAUUUGUAGUUUCUGCUGGUACUUGUUCCCUGGGUACUUGUUCCAAUCCUUGCAAAGCAUCUCAUGGGUCUGUUGGGCUUUCCCCAAAUCUGUCACUGCCCACCAAAUUGGGUCGGGCCUAAAUGGUCUAGGGAUUGGAGCCUUUACUCUGGACUGGACAGCGGUCGCUUCAUUCUUGUUCAGCCCUCUGAUAUGUCCCUUUUUCGCCAUUGUCAAUGUCUUCGUAGGAUACGUACUGAUAGUAUACAUAGUAAUUCCCGCAGAUUAUUGGGGGCUAAAUUUAUACAGUGCUAAAACUUUCCCCCUAUUUUCAUCAGAGUUGUACACUGCUCAAGGUCCAGAGUACAAUAUUACAUUGAUCGUUAAUAAGAAUUUUGAGUUGGAUGAGGCAUCAUAUAAGCAGCUUAGGAGGAUUCAUUUGAGUACAUUCUUUGCUCUCACCUACGGCUUUGGCUUUGCCACUAUUGCAUCUACGCUUUCUCAUGUGGCCUUAUUCUAUGGAAGGGAGAUUUACGAUCGAUCCAGAGCUUCAACAACGAGAAGGCAGGAUAUUCACACGAGAUUGAUGCAAAGAUACCGAGGCCUACCUUUAUGGUGGUUUUAUGCGCUUCUUGGUGUGACGGUGGCAAUCUCCCUCGCACUCUUCACCUCCCUGAGAAAGGAGGUCCAGAUGCCAUGGUGGGGAGUAAUCUUCGCAGCUGGCCUCGCCUUCAUAUUCACCCUUCCAGUCAGCAUCAUUACAGCCACAACAAAUCAAACACCGGGAUUGAAUAUCAUAACGGAGUAUAUUAUGGGAGUAAUACAACCAGGGAAACCCAUAACCAAUGUCUGCUUCAAGACCUAUGGGUAUAUGAGCAUGACUCAGGCAAUCGCUUUUCUUUGUGACUUCAAGUUGGGUCAUUACAUGAAGAUCCCUCCAAGAUCAAUGUUCCUAGUUCAGUUGAUAGGAACCAUCUUAGUUGGAACAAUCAAUCUGGGAGUAGCAUGGUGGCUUUUAGACUCUGUUGAUCACAUAUGUCAAAAAGGUCUGCUCCCACAAAAGCCCUGGACAUGUCCCAAUGACCGUGUGUUCUUUGAUGCACCUGUUAUCUGGGGCUUGGUUGGACCUAAGCGAAUUUUUGGUUCUCAAGGAAACUACGGUGCUCAAUGGUUCUUCCUGGGAGGAUUUUUGGGGCCAAUUGUUGUAUGGCUAUUACACAGGGCAUUCCCUAAACAACACUGGAUUCCCCUUAUCAAUCUCCCGGUACUCCUCGGCGCAACUGCUUACAUGCCACCUGCAACAGCUUUGAAUUACAACUCAUGGAUUGUGGUCGGAACAAUCUUCAACUUUUUCAUCUUCAGGUAUCGAAAGAGAUGGUGGCAGAGGUAUAACUACAUUCUAUCAGCGGCACUGGAUGCUGGAACGGCUUUCAUGACAGUUCUUCUUUACAUCUCACUGGGUUUGGAGGACAUAAACUUGCACUGGUGGGGCGCUAACCCAGCUAUUGACCCCGAGCACUGUGACCUCGCAACUUGCCCCACCGCAAAGGGUGUAUCAGUUGAUGGCUGCCCAAUAUUUUAA